UCGCCUGAAUCACCUGCGCGCCUGGUUCGCCUGGGCUUGCCGUGGAAGCAUCUUGCAUUAGUCGCCGCACUAGGAAGCGCAGUCAUCAUGAUCGGUGGAAAGUCGUGGUUCUUUGUGGGGCUGCUGAUGAUCGUCAGCCUCCGCAGCACGCUGGCCCAGACGGUGAACUCCACACGGGAAGUAGCCGCACCGAACGUGACCGAAGUGACGACUCUGCCACCACAGGUCGCCACCUCGACGGAGCAAUCGCUAGCCCGCCGAGUGCUCAGUGCUCUGUGGCUCGAGAUUACGAGGCGUCGAAACGAGCGAACUCAACGGCAGCAGGAACGUCGAGAGGAGAUCCUGCGCGAUUUGGACGAUCUGGGCGAUCGGAAGCGGGAGUUUGAGUUACGCCGCCAGGAAUCGCAACGGGAUGCGCAGGCGGAACAGGAUGCUCGGCGGCAGGAGAUGCUAGCACGGCGUGCCGGUCGGUUACCUGCGCGCGAACGGGAGCGCUACAAUCGGCAGCGGCUGGAGAAACUGAGCCGACAGGCACCGCCACCGCCCGAGGAGAAUGAAAUCGACGACUCAGUUCCGCUGCUGGAUGAUGUGGUCGAACAGCAGGAACUGGGUGGUGGUGGUGGGCAGCGCGUGCGGAACUUGCUGCUGAUCGAAGAGGCGACCGGUAACGUGAGACUAAUCGACUUGGACACCGAAGAAGGCCGGAAGCUGGUGGCCGAGAAGCGGGCCGGUGAAGCGGACGGCAGCGCGGACACGGCCAGCAAAGCCGACCAGAACUAG